AUGGUGCUUCUCCCCUCUGCAGUGGCGUUUCCGCUGCGCCAGCUUGUGAAGCUUGGCCUCAUCCUCGUGCAGGCCACCUUCCUUCUCUACUUCGCCUAUGCUGCCUAUGACAUCCGUCUCCACGCCAUCCGGACGUUUGGGCACAUCAUCCACGAAUUUGAUCCGUGGUUUAACUACCGGGCUGCUGAGUACCUGGCACAGCACGGGCUGUCCAAGUUCUUCAAGUGGUACGACUACAUGUCAUGGUAUCCAAUCGGACGCCCCAUAGGCACGACGAUUUAUCCUGGAAUGCAGAUGUGGGCUGUUGGCAUUUGGGAGGUGCUGAAACACGUCCCCGAGAGGAAGGUCCCUUUGCCUUUCAUCCCGCCCCUGCGGCCGGUGGCAUCUUGGGCACGGAGGAAUGGCUGGCCGUUUAUCUCUUCGCCACUGAAGUCCACGAUGGCAGUUGGGCCAAUGUCAGUUAAUGACAUAUGCUGCAUGAUCCCACCGUGGUUCGGCUCUGUGGCCUCGAUCUUCACUGGUUUGCUGACCUACGAGAUCUCACGCAGUGUGAAUGCCGGCAUUAUGGCCCCUUAUGCUGCAACAAACGAACUUGAUCUCUGCAGCCGCCCGGAGACCGGAGCACAGUACACGGACAUCUGCCUGUAG